CAAGCAUCAUCGGCAAAAUACAGGGUUUGCUGCAGUCUUGCAAAAAGGAUUUAUAUUUGUCUGGGGAAUGCAAGAAAUGAGAAUGGCGCGGGAAGGAAAGUAUUAUUACUUCGAGUAUCCUGUUUGUAGAUGACAACCCACGCCAUUUUUGCUAGACCUGUCUCGGCCUCUGUCCCUCAAAAUAUCAUUACACAAUAUCCAGUCGUUUUGAAGGAAUGUUGCAAACUGCCAGGGGAGAAAAAAUGUUCCUGUUCUCUGUCUGUGUGGGUGGGACGUCCAAGGGCAGUGGUGACAAUGACUGCCAACAAGAGUGCCAAGGCUGCGUCCCGAGCCGGAGGGAGUAAAGUGCCACGGGACAUUCCGGAGAGGUGCCAGUCAGCAUCUCCGCCCCCUAUUCUCAACACGGUGAGAGUGCCAACACACCCUCUGAGCGACAGUGAAGAUUCCGGCUGGCUGAGCGGGUACGCCAGAGUGGGCGAAGGCAGACUUCUGAGUCCCAGGAACUGCGGCAAUAAGAGUGCCACCCUCCGCAGUAGCUCUUCGUGCACCACUGACUUCCAAGCCCAGAGCCGGCUCAUCAAGGCCAGGAGCAUCAGUUGCCUGGACAACAAGCUCUCCAUCUAUAAGCCUGCCAGUGGUGGGGGUGACCAGGAGCAGAAGGAGAACCGACAGGAGGGAGGCCCAGCUGGAGAUGGACUAAGUCCCGGCCCAUUUGGCUGGAGCACGCUUUCCUUGGGCCCCUCCUCUAAUACUGCCCAGCACCAGCGUAGUCUGUCCCUCAGCCGCCCUGGCACCUGCCCACCAUCCACCGGUAUCCGCAAAAGGAUCUCGGAAUGGGAGUGCCGUCGGGUGCAGCUGCCUAGGAUGAGCCUGUGCCUGGACAAGAGGCCACUGGGCGAGCGUGUGGGUGGCAGCGAGGGCUGCCCCAGCCUCCUGUCCUCGCCCUGCAGUGACAAGGCCUUCGACUUCAAGGCCACGCGGAGGAUGAGUACGGCCUUCUCUGAGUGCUCCUACCCGGAGACAGAGGAAGAAGAGGUGGCAGCAGCCCUCAACCGGGACCCCUCUGGCCGCCUUGAAAAGAGACCUGGCAAGGCUGAGACCACUGACCUCUUCUUGCGCUCCCUCUCCUCAAGAAAGGAGACCUCCGCUGUCCUCAACCGGAUACAAAAGAUUGAGCAGGCACUGAAGGAAAGCCCUUCACGGGCUGUUCCUCAGUACCCCAGCAGCUGCUAUGCGCCUGAUAAAGGGCCCCAGAGAUCCUUCACAAUAGGCCGGCUUGGGGACUCGGACAGCGCCUGCACAAGCAAGCGGAGCAGCAUCAGCUCGAUUGUCACAGAGCCAGAUGUCCCUCCAAGCACGGAAAAGGUCUCCAAAGUCAAGCAGAGGUUCAGCGUGAGCUCAGCUCGCUCUGGGAGCCCCGAGCUGUCUUCCCCCACAGCGGUGGGGGGAAACACGCCUGUCAACCCUGUGCCCAAACCCAAAAGAACCUUUGAAUAUGAGGCCAACCGGAACCACAAUGACAAGUCACCAAGCAACGGUCUACCUCUUGGCAGCAACUCUGAGUCUCCUCCCCCUCUGCCCUCCACACCAGCACCCCCCAUGACACGAGGACAUAGCAAAGAGGGAAGCUUCCACAAGAAGGACAGGGAAUCGGGUGAAUCGGAGGAUGCUGCCAGCCUGUCCUCUUCCAACCCCUCCACACCCACAGCAAAUGGCUCUGCCUCCACAGACACCCGCAGCCACCCCGGCUCCAAAAGCACUUUAGAGGAGAACGCGUAUGAGGACAUCGUAGAGUCUCUCAAAGAGAACCCAUAUGAAGAUGUGGACCUGAAGGGGCGGGGUGUUGGGCGUAAGUCUCGGCUGUUAUUACCCGAGAGCUCCCAGGACUCGCUUAACAGGAUGUGGACCCACCAGGACAGGAAGUUCACUACACCUCCCCAGCUGCCCUCCAAGCCCAGCAGCCAGUCCCUACGCCUCCCAGGCCCUGCUGACAGGAAGGGCCACCGGGCAUCACGUCUGACCAAGCGCCACAGCCAUGAUGACAUGCUGCUCUUGCCACAGCUCAGUGUCUCGCCCUCCUUGCUGAAUGACAGCCUGAGCAGUACCAGCGAUACCCUGACCUCCUGCCGCCACAGGAGGGUCCCCAAGCUGGUGCAAAGAAUAAACUCUAUCUACUGUACUAAGAGGGGGAAGAAGAGACUCAAGAAGCUCUCCUUGUCAAAUAUUGAAACUGCCUCUUUGAGAGAUGAUAACAGCGAGAGCGAGAGUGACUCUGACGACAGGUUCAAAGCCCACACACAACGCCUGCUGAAGCUGCAGUCGAUGCUGCGUCGCGCCCCCAGCUACAGAACCCUGGAGCUGCAGCUGAUUGAGUGGCAGGAGCGCGAGCUCUUCCAGUACUUUGUGGUGGUGUCCCUAAAGAAGAAGCCCACCAAGAACUCAUACACCCCCGAGGUCACCUACCAGUUCCCCAAGUUGGAGAGACCCACUAAGCAAAUGAGGGAGGCAGAGCAGCGUCUGAAGGCCAUCCCCCAGUUCUGUUUCCCUGAUGCCAAGGACUGGAGCCCAGUGUCGGAGUACAGCAGUGAGACCUUCUCCUUCAUGUUGACCGGGGAGGACGGUAGCAGACGCUUCGGGUACUGCAGAAGACUGCUGCCAAGCGGCAAGGGCCCCCGUUUACCUGAGGUGUACUGCGUCAUCAGCCGGCUGGGCUGUUUCGACUUGUUCUCCAAGAUUCUGGAUGAGGUGGAGAGGCGCAGAGAGAUAUCUGCCGCCCUGGUGUACCCCUUCAUGAGGAGCCUGAUGGAGUCACCCUUUCCCGCCCCAGGGAAGACCAUCAAAGUGAAGACCUUCCUGCCUGGAGCAGGAAAUGAAAUAAUGGAGCUGCGGAGGCCUACGGACUCACGUCUGGAGCAUGUCGACCUGGAGAGCCUGUUCAGCUGCUUGAGCGUGCGACAGGUGGUGCGUGUCUUUGCCUCGCUGCUGCUGGAGCGCAGGGUCAUCUUUGUGGCUGAUAAGCUCAGCACCCUGUCCAGCUGUGUGCAUGCGGUGGUGGCCCUGCUCUACCCCUUCUCCUGGCAGCACACCUUCAUCCCUGUGCUGCCCGCCUCCAUGGUGGACAUCGUCUGCUGUCCCACGCCCUUCCUGGUGGGCCUGCUGUCCAGCUCUCUGCCCAAACUCAAGGAGCUCCCUGUUGAGGAGGCUUUGAUGGUGGACCUGGGAACAGACCGCUUCAUCAGACAGAUGGAUGAUGAGGCCACGCUGUUGCCGAGGAAACUUCAGGCUGCUCUGGAACAGGCUCUGGAACAGAGAAAUGGCAUAAUCAAUCAAGACUCAGACAGUGAAUCAGAUGAAGAGUGUAACUCCCUGAACAGCCUGGUGUCGGAGGCGUUCAUCCGCUUCUUCCUGGAGACCAUCGGCCACUACUCCCUGUUCCUGACGCAGAACGAGCGAGGGGAGCGCGUCUUCCAGAGGGAAGCCUUCCGCAAGUCCGUGGCCUCCAAGAGCAUCCGCCGCUUCCUGGGCGUCUUCAUGGAGUCCCAGAUGUUUGCCGGCUUCAUCCAGGACCGCGAGCUGCGGAAGUGUCGGGCCAAAGGUCUGUUUGAGCAGAGGGUGGAGCAGUAUUUGGAGGAGUUGCCUGACACAGAACAGAGCGGUGUUAACAAGUUCUUGAAAGGACUAGGAAGCAAAAUGAAGUUUCUCCACAAAAAGAAUUAAAGAGAACACACCUACUGUACCUUUUUGACCAAAUGUUAGACUGUGGAAUCUUUCCUGUACAAUGUCUUGUUGCAAAGUGUGCACAUUUCAAGACCCGAUAUACCAGAUACAUGUUGACUGCAGAGAAUCUGUUGUGCAUCGGGUUUAACCUAAACUGUUUCAGAUUCUGUAUAUAUUUCACCAUAAACUGAUGGUAUUCAUUUUCAAAUGAGCUUUUUGUUUGAUUGGCCUCUGUUAACUUGUGUAUAUGAAUUAGAAUGGAGGCAUGAGAAUAUGUUGCUAGAUAAUGGACGGUACCUAAUGUGCAUUUGACUGUUUCAGAAUAACCACUGACUUUUUCACGAAUGCUUGUGGAGAAUCUGACCAGCUGUAUAGUAAAAAGGGAAUGAAUCCAGUGAUUGUUAGUCUGCGUUCUGUAGUGUGAGAGGUCAAUGUGAUGUUGCUUUAUGUUUUAUAUAUGGCUUCUAGCUCGCUUUCUGCCGCAGAAUGAGGUACUUUCAAUGACAAUGCCCUGCUUUUCAUAGCUGAGAGGUUUUGUACAUGCAUAAAUACACAUGAAGAAAUUAAACACCUGUGAGUGAUUUCUUUGUCAACUAUGUAAAAUUCAAAAUAAA